AUGUCUUCCGACGACGAACGCCAGAAGGCUCUCGACUCGUACCGGGCCAAGCUGCUCGAAUCCCGGGAGUGGGAAGCUAAGCUCAAGUCCCUCCGGCUCGAGAUCAAGGACUUGCAGAGGGAGUUUGACAGAACCGAAGACAACAUUAAGGCGUUGCAGAGUGUCGGUCAGAUCAUCGGCGAGGUCUUGAAGCAGCUCGAUGACGAAAGAUUUAUCGUAAAGGCUUCCUCCGGUCCCAGAUAUGUCGUCGGAUGCAGAUCAAAGGUCGACAAGGUCAAACUCAAGCAAGGCACGCGCGUGGCUCUCGAUAUGACGACACUCACGAUCAUGCGUAUGCUGCCCCGAGAAGUCGACCCUCUCGUCUACAACAUGUCACUGGAAGACCCCGGUCAAGUCAGCUUCGCCGGUAUCGGUGGAUUGAACGACCAGAUUCGCGAGCUUCGUGAGGUCAUUGAGCUGCCGCUCAAGAACCCUGAGCUCUUCCUACGUGUGGGCAUCAAGCCACCCAAGGGUGUUCUGCUUUACGGACCUCCUGGUACUGGAAAGACGUUGCUUGCACGUGCUGUGGCAAGCAGUCUCGAGACCAACUUCCUCAAGGUCGUUUCUUCAGCGAUCGUCGACAAGUACAUCGGAGAAUCUGCCCGUUUGAUUCGCGAGAUGUUCGGCUACGCCAAGGAGCACGAGCCCUGCAUCAUCUUCAUGGACGAGAUCGACGCCAUCGGUGGACGCAGAUUCUCCGAGGGAACCAGUGCGGAUCGUGAGAUCCAGAGAACGUUGAUGGAGCUGCUUAACCAGUUGGACGGUUUCGACUACCUCGGCAAGACCAAGAUCAUCAUGGCGACGAACAGACCCGAUACCCUUGACCCCGCGCUGCUCCGUGCCGGACGUCUUGACCGCAAGAUUGAGAUUGCUCUGCCGAACGAGGUUGGACGUUUGGAGAUUCUCAAGAUUCAUGCCCAGGGCGUAGUGACGGAGGGCGAGAUUGAUUUCGAAAGCGUGGUGAAGAUGAGCGAUGGUCUCAACGGUGCGGAUUUGAGAAACGUCGUGACAGAAGCUGGUCUAUUUGCCAUCAAGGACUACCGCGACGCAAUCAACCAGGACGACUUCAACAAGGCAGUACGCAAGGUCGCCGAGUCGAAGAAGCUGGAAGGCAAGCUCGAGUACCAGAAGCUGUAA